UGGCAGAGUGGGAUCCUGGGCUUUGGGCCCCAAAUCUUGUGCUCAGAAAUGCUCGCUUCCUCACAACAGAGAAGUGAGACCCGGGCCCUUCCUCUCACGAGAGCACUUCUGCCUUCCCUGACCCUUGGAUCCUCUGAGCUAAGUGUCUCUCGGUCUGGCCCAGCCCUCCCAGCAGUUCUACAAUCUGGAAGCACUGCGGCCCUCAGUCCCUGCUUCCAGACCCUCCUGGUACAGGGCGCGGUGUACCCUGCCGGUGCUACGUGGUGCUGAGAUGGGCGGACGUUUGCUGCUGCCCGGUCUGCUCCUGCUCCCUCCUCUGAUCUCAGGCUGGACCAUCCCCAACUGCUUAGUGGCCGAAGGCUCCAGGCUGCACCUGGUCUCCCGUUUCUUCCUCUGCGGCUUGGACUCCAGGCUGCCCCUCCUUGUGGUGUGCUCCGGGGUGACCAACGUGACAAAGGCCUUGGAGGCUGUGCCACAGGGUGUGGAGGGGCUCUGUCUCCGUGGUUCCCCUCCGGUUCUGCCCGCGGACGCCUUCUCCCGCUUCCCUGGCCUCAAGGCCCUGGGGCUGACCCUGUCUCUCACACAGAUCCUGCCCGGAGCCUUCCGGGGCCUGGGACAGCUGCAGCGGCUGUCUUUCAUACACCUCCCCGUGAAGGACCUCUUCCUACCCCCUGAUGCCUUUGGCAACCUGAGCUCCCUCCAGUACUUAGCUUUCUCGGGCGUUUGCCUGGAUGGGAACUCGGGUGUCCGGUUGCCUCCCAACCUACGGCGGCUGUCGGUCACUUUGAGUUGCCUUGAGGAUGUGGGGCAGCUGGCCGACAUCUUCCCAGACCUGGUGCUUGGCUCCUCCUCCGGCGAUGCCUGGACUCUGGAGACGCUGGACUUGAGGUCAAACAGUCGGCUGAAGAUGGCCAGUCCUGGGGGCCUCCAGGGCCUCAAGCUGGGGACUCUGAAUCUGGACCACACGAAGAUGAAGGCAGCUGCAGUGAUGGGACUGGGGCUGCGGAGGCUGGACGCCCUGUCUGUGACAUACACCGACACGGCCGAGCUGCCCGCCGGGACAGUUGCCCACUUCGAGCUGCAAGAGCUGAAUCUGGGGCGGAUGCGGAUAGAGCACAUAGCUCCGGAGGCCCUGGCUUCCUGCGAGAGCCUGAAGAGCUUGAGUCUUAAGGGAAGUGGGCUAAUGGACCUGCCACCAGGUUUCCUGGCUGCCCUGCCCAGGCUUCAGAGACUGAACCUAUCAGGCAACAAGCUACGCAGCGCCGUGCUGUGCCCGAAUGAGACGGGAGCCGUGCCAGGGCUGCGGGCCCUGGGCCUGUCCAGCAAUGAGCUGCGUAGCCUGGCCCCUCACACCUUCUCCUGUCUGUCCCACUUGCGGGAGCUGCUACUGCAGAUGAACCAGCUGGUUUGGCUGGAGGGCCAGGUAUUCCAGGGCUUAGGGAGGCUGGAGGUGUUGGACUUGAGUAACAAUCCACUGGAGGCCCUGGGCAGGGGCUGGUUGGCUCCUCUGCCUGCGCUCACCACCCUCAACCUGCUGAAGACCCACAUCGUGCUGAGCCCAGCCUGGGACUUCUGGGGCCUGGAGAGUCUGCGUGACCUGAGACUGCCGCUCCGCUCUGGCCCUUCUGGGACAGCGCUGUCCCUGCCCACGAGGCUGACCAGCUUGGAGCUUCACGCGGUGCCAGGCGGGGAGCUUUGGGAGCUGGCUUCUCCUGUCUUUCCAGCCUUACAGAACUUGACUCUAAAUGGUUGGGGGCUACAGCUGGGGACCCAGAAGGUCCCCAAGAUCUUCCCUGCCCUUCGCCAACUCUCCCUGUUUGGCAGUAGCUUGGAGGGCCUCUGUUCCCCCGACAACCCCAGCGUCUUCCUCUGGCAGCUCCCCAGGCUCCAGUAUCUGAGGGUAGAGGGGGAUGGGCGCGGCCCCAGGCCCUGCUGCAUCACCGGGCUGCCCAGUCUACAGGAGCUGACGCUGAAGAGACUGCUGUCCCGAGCGCAGCCCCGCCGCGUGCAGCUGGAGGAGCUGGUGGGGGACCUGCCCAGGCUCCAGGUACUGCAUGUGGCCCAAACGGGGCUGGAGACACUGUCCGCGGUUGCUUUCCAGGGCCUGGGGAGUCUCCAGGUCUUGGUGCUAGACUGGGAGGCAGGCCUCGUGCUGGAUGGCAGCCUCCAGGAGCACAGUCCCCAGAUGCCACAGUACGUGUAUGUUCUGGGUUCGUCCUUGGCCUGCCAGUGUGCCAAUGCCUGGGCGGAGCCCUGGCUGGAGCGGUCCCCCAGAACAUAUGUGCACAUAGCGUCAGUCCAGCUGUGCCAGCCAGAGGCCGGGGUCCACCCCAAGCAACCCCUCUUCCCCUUUCUCUGGAGUCACUGCCCCAGGACUCUAGAGUUGGGACUCUUUUUGGGCAGCUCUGCCCUGCUGCUUCUGCUGAUCUCGCUGCCCCUCCUGCAAGAAGCCAGGAACUCCUGGCUCCUCUAUCUGCAGGCCUUAUUCAGGGCUUGGCUUCAGGAUCUGAGGGGGCCGAAGGGUGAGGGCAAGAGGUUCCUCUAUGACGUCUUUGUGUCCCACUGUAGGCAAGACCAGGCCUGGGUGGUGCAGGAGCUAAUGCCCGCCUUGGAGGGCCGCCGGGGACUCCGCCUCUGCCUCCCUGAGCGGGAUUUCGAGCCAGGCAAGGACGUGGCUGAUAACGUGGUGGAGAGCAUGGCCAGCAGCCAGGUCACGCUCUGCGUGCUGAGUGGCCAGGCUCUGCAUACCCCCCGCUGCCGCCUGGAGCUCCGCCUGGCCACCUCCCUCCUGCUGGCCGCCCCCCGCCCCCCGCUGCUGCUGCUGGUCUUCCUGGAGCGCGUCUCCCGCCACCAGCUCCCCCGCUACCAUAGACUGGCCCGGCUGCUCCGCAGGGGAGACUACUGCGUGUGGCCCAAGGAAGAGGAGAGCAAGGGCGACUUCUGGGCGUGGUUGGGGAGCAGGCUGGAGCAAGCCAGGCUGGGCUAGAGUGAGUGCAUGUGGGUCGGAGGGUGGGAUAGGAAGGAAAGCCAUCCUGGCAGGGAGAGCGUGGGUCUGUGUCGGUGAGCGAGACUGAAUGGAGCUUCUGGGAGGCGGGCGCUGUGUAUAGGGAGGAUCGACGGAUGGCGAUGGGAACACAGGGCUUUGGAAGGCUCUGGAGGGGCGGCAGGUAGCCAUGAGGUAUGUGAUGUGACCUCAAGAGGUCCAGAUCCUCAGCAAACUUACUAAAUGCAUGAAAUGAAUGGCUUAAUUGGUCUUUUCGUUUUUUGAUGGAAACUCACAUGAGAAAGAGGGUGCAGGGGGUGGGGUCACGGAAACUGUAGCCUGAAGGAAAUAAAGGGGGGAUUCAGGGAGAGUAUGGGAAAGAAAGGAAGGGUCAGAGGACUCCUAAGCUCUGGAAUGGGGUCCAGGCCAAGUUCAACCAGCUCUUCAAGGGGCAGAGCAGCCCCUUCCGCCAUCUGGGUUCUAGGGGAACUGGCAGCCGAGGACCAAAAAGCUGGGAUGCUGCCCAGGAGGCAGCAGGCUGAUUGUCUAUUCCCUCCAUGCGGACAUGAAGGCAUGGUCAUAUCUGUCACCUUGUCUGAACCUCAUAGCAGCACUGGGAGGGGAGCCCACCUCCUUGGCACUCGUGCUGCAGCCGUGCUAAUCUGCUUGCAGCUCCCAGGACACCGUGACCUCCUGCCUCUGGGCCUUUGCAUGUGCUAUUCCUGCCUCCCAAUUUAUUUCUUCUGGGGAACUGCUGUGCAUCCUUUGAGGCUCAAUUCAGCCAUCGCUUUCUCCAAAAGCCAUUCCUGACCUCCCAGCCUCUGGGUUCCCACAACUUCCUGCACUUCCCUUCCUCAAAGUACUGACCACACUGUACCAGCCCUCACAGGUCUGGGAGUCCCCAGAGCAGUGGUCUCCAAGGGGGGAUGGUGGUGCACAAGAUGAGCCACUGGGGCUGAGGAAGGAACUUUUAAAACUUCUAUUGGUAUUUUUUCAUAUAUCACUUUAUUCUGAAGCUAGUCUGCCUGCUUUUUAGUCUCAUGGCUUUGUUAUGCUACUGAACCUCUGCACCUCAGUGUCCUCUUCUGUAGUAUGGGAUAGUAUUACACCUUCCCUCAAAGGGCUUUCCGAGGAUUAAGUGAGUUCAUAUGUAUAAAGCACGGAAAGCAGGACCUAAUAAUGCAUUGUAAGUGUUCAAUAAAAGUUAGCUUG